AUGUUGAGUCUAACAGUGACAUUUACGUGGUUCUUCCAGGUUUUGGGAUCUGUGCUGCUGCUUGCGUCGGCCUGUUCCGGUUCGUAUCUGGGUUAUGACGUAUCUUCCCAGUAUCAAGCUCAGGAUGGCGUCGGUGGAUAUUCGUAUGGUUAUGCGGACCCAAACUCCCAGAAACAUGAGUCGAAAGAUGCUCACGGAGUGACUCAUGGAGAGUAUUCGUACAUCGAUGCACAUGGACACGUGCAGAAGGUGCAAUACACUGCCGAUCCUAAACACGGUUUUCAAGUAGUUGGAACGAACCUUCCCAAGGGUCCUGCUCCUGCAGCUCAUGCCGUUGCGCCGAGUCACUAUGCUGCUGCCCGAUCCUAUUCGUAUCCGGUAGUUCUUGGGCAUGAUGGUGCUCCUCUGGAAACUCCUGAGGUCAAGGCAGCUAAGGCGGCUCACUUCGCGGCCCACGCUCAAGCUAAGGCAGGACUUUACAAGCGUUCUGCUUACGCCCCAACAGCUCACUGGGACCAUUAUACUCCUGAGCAGAAGAAGUGGCACGGACCUCAACACUACCCAGUAAUUGUGAAAGGCGUUCCAGUUGAGACUCCAGAAGUUCAACAUGCCAAGGCAGCUCAUGCUGCUGCUUACGCUAAGGUUGCGAAAAAUGACAAGUACGCACCAAUUCACGAGCCAACCCAUCAUCAUGCCAAGAGCUACUACGCGUCUGAGCACGUCCCAGUGAUCAAGAACGGAGUUCCAGUCGAAACGCCAGAGGUUCGACACGCCAAGGCCGCUCAUGCUGCUGCCCAUGCUAAGGCUGCCACUUACGGUGGUCACUACGCACCUCAUUGGGAUCAUCAUGCUCCAGAGCCGAAGGCUUGGCAUGGACCUCUGCACUACCCGGUUAUUGUGAAGGGCGUUCCAGUCGAGACACCAGAAGUUCAACAUGCCAAAGCCGCUCAUGUCGCUGCCUACGCUAAGGUUGCAAACUCCGGCCGAUACACCCCGAUUCAUGAGGAUCAGUAUGCUAGAAGCUACGGAUCGUGGCACACUUCCCAAUACGUUCCCGUUGUGAUCAAGAAUGGAGUUCCCGUUGAAACACCGGAGGUUCAGCAUGCUAAGACUGUUUUCCUGAAGGCCCAUGCCACCGCAAGCGCCCAAUCGAGAUCCUACGGACACGAGGAUGAUGGUUCCUACAAACCUCACGCGUAUCAUCACUCUUAUUAGAGUUUCUCCGGAGGUUUUUUUUUUCCAUGAACA